AUGAUACUCCAACAUACGCGUCUUUCGCGCUGCAAUUUCUUCAGGUCGCGUCUGAUAUCUCGCCAAACACCCAAUGCAGCUUUUUCGAGCUCCUCGCGCCACAAUGGCUACGACGAUACGAUACAAAACCUCAGAAUUGGGAAAGACACCCGGGUCAUUUUCCAGGGCUUCACGGGCAAGCUUGCGACUGCAAACGCAAAAGAGUCUAUGGAUUGGGGCACCAACGUGGUCGGCGGUGUAAAACCCAAAGGCUCGGGUGAACAUCUGGGCAAGCCUGUGCUGCCAUCUGUUCGAGCUGCUAUGGAACAGCUUAAGCCAGAUGCUACGGGAAUCUAUGUUGCUGCACAUCAGGCUACGGCAGCUAUAGAGGAGGCUAUUGAAGCCGAAGUGCCUCUUAUAGUCGCGGUCGCAGAGCACAUUCCACUACACGAUAUCAUGCGGAUACACUCCAUGCUGCAAAGUCAGUCCAAGUCACGACUCGUAGGUGCAAACGCGCCGGGAAUCAUUUCGGCAAUCGGACGAUGCAGAAUUGGCUUUCAACCAUUACCAACAUUCAGUCCUGGUCACAUUGGCAUUGUUGCGAAGUCAGGGACGUUAUCCUAUGAGACAGUAGGCUCUCUGACGCGAGCUGGCUUGGGCCAAAGUCUCUGUAUAGCCGUAGGCGGAGACGUCAUCGCAGGGACGAACUUUGUCGAUGCUCUGAAAGUCUUCGAGAAAGACGAGGACACAGAAGCAAUCAUCCUUGUGGGCGAACUUGGUGGAACGAGUGAGGAGGAGGCAGCCGCCUGGAUAAAAGACUACCGAAAACGCGUCAAGAACCCAAAGCCGAUUGCUGCGGCCAUUGGUGGCUUCCAGGCAAGUCCUGGCAAGGUCAUGGGACACGCUGGUGCGUGGACUGGACUGGGAGAAGGAACGGCAGAGUCCAAGUACAAGGCUCUUGAGAAUGUUGGGGUUACCAUGGUCGAUCACCCGGCGAAGUUUGGCGGUGUCAUGAAGGAGAUUCUCGCCCAAUCCGGGCGCAACGUGAAGAACAUUCUCUCAGCCGACCAACUCAGCGAAGAGCUCGCAACCGCCAACAUCCGCAUAUCCCCUCCUCCCGAGAGCCCCAGAUCAAGCCACUACCUAGGCAUCUCCCCUGACCGCAGCGCCCGCUCACCCUCCAUCAUCGCCGCACCCACAGCAAACCCCUCACAACUCCACAAGCGCGUCAUACGCAUCCCUUUCGACUACCGCACCGGGCCAACCCCAGAAGUCAUCAGCCGCGCCAUCGCCCACCUGCAACUCGACGCCGCGCCGCCCCGUGCCAAAACCCAGACCGUCGAACUGAUAAACAGUCUGUGGAGCAUGUAUACAGCCACGGAAGCCAUCGACCUCCACGUCCGCCUCGCCGUGUCCUCCGCCGCCGACGAAAUCGCCGUCUACGAGCCGUAUUUCUUCUUCGACGACGCGGCGUUCAAGUCGAACAAGCGACAAUCUGCCCUGCACGCGAAGCGCACCCAGCCCUCAGAUAUCGAUCUCGAGGCGGAAAACGCGGGCAUCGUGUACGUCCCCCUGGGCCCCGAGGGGGAGAAGGGGUUAGUAGGCACGCUGGUCAACGGCGCGGGCCUGGCGAUGAACACCAACGACGUGCUCAAUUCCCGGCUCAUGCCACACACGCAGUCUGCGAAUUUUCUCGACACGGGCGGGAAAGCUACGUCUUCUACCAUUUCCACUAGUUUCAAACUCAUCCUGUCCGACCCGCGCGUGAAAGUCGUGUUUGUCAACAUCUUUGGCGGACUCACGCUGUGCGAUAUGAUUGCCGAGGGGAUUAUACUCGCGUUUAAAGAGGUCGGGGUUCGUAAGCCGGUGGUGGUCAGGCUCAGGGGCACGAAUGAGGAGAAGGGGGGGAGAGUGUUGGAGGAGGCGAAGUUGCCGAUUCAUGCGUUUGAUGGGUUUGAGGAGGCGGUGGAGAAGGUGGGGGAAUUGGUUGCUGCGAAGGAAGGGUGA